AGUGCGUGCUGUGUGUGUGUGAGCGUGUUUUGGUCGGGGCAGAGGCGGCGGCGGAAGUCGGCGGCGGGGCUGGGUGAGGCACGGCUGCGCCCCCGCCCCUCGCCCCCACCGAGGAGCCGCCUCCCCUCUUACCCCUCCUCCGCCCACCCUGCUCCGGCGCGCCCGCCGGCCCCGACCGACGCGCCCGACGGACGGACGCCGCUGCGCCGCCGCCCCGGCUCCCCCAGCCCGGCCAGGUGAGGAGGCGGAGGCGGCGCGGGGGGGCUCCGGCGGCGGCGGCGAGACGCGCCUCGUCCGGGCUCCUGCCGGCAGCCGCUCCCCCGGCGCUGCGGGAGCGCCGUGCCGCGGUACGGGUGGCCGAGGUUGUUACUGGCAGAAGAACCAGAACUCAGAUCUCAGUGGAACUUGGUUUCAAAAGCUGUUGAAACAAAGGACUGCUUUCUAAUUUGGACAUGGCUAAUCGAGGAGCAACAAGGCCCAACGGGCCAAAUGCUGGAAAUAAAAUUUGCCAAUUCAAACUAGUACUUUUAGGAGAGUCUGCAGUUGGCAAAUCAAGUUUGGUGCUUCGUUUUGUAAAAGGACAGUUUCAUGAAUUUCAAGAAAGUACGAUUGGAGCUGCUUUUCUAACCCAGACCGUUUGUCUGGAUGAUACAACGGUAAAAUUUGAAAUUUGGGAUACAGCUGGCCAAGAGCGGUACCACAGUUUAGCACCCAUGUACUACAGAGGAGCACAAGCAGCUAUAGUGGUAUACGACAUUACAAACGAGGAGUCCUUUGCCAGAGCGAAAAAUUGGGUCAAAGAACUUCAGCGACAAGCAAGUCCUAAUAUUGUAAUAGCUUUAGCAGGAAACAAAGCUGAUCUAGCUAACAAAAGAGCUGUGGAUUUCCAGGAAGCACAGGCUUAUGCAGAUGACAACAGCUUAUUGUUCAUGGAGACGUCUGCCAAAACAUCUAUGAACGUAAAUGAAAUAUUCAUGGCAAUUGCAAAAAAAUUGCCUAAGAAUGAACCACAGAAUGCAGGAGCCAGCUCUGCCAGAGGAAGAGGAGUAGACCUUACUGAACCUACACAACCACCCAAGACUCAAUGUUGUAGUAACUAAAAGAUCAAUUGCUUUAAACUGUUCUGAAUAUUCUUCUGCUUCCUAACUGUUAAUAACCAUGGAAUUGGAGUGCUUAACCUGGUCCAGUACAGCUUCCAAACAGCGAAGAGACUUACGAUAAUAGUCAAGUUCAUGAUACAGAGUUUUUUUUUCACCUAAAAUUUUAACAUGCAUGUAUCCACCACUGGCUGUAAUGUUUCAGCAGUAGAGGAGAGAUGGAGGCGGAAUAAACUUCCUUCACUUGAAAGGUUUUAAAAUUCAGUUGUUAUUAUUAGGGGUGUAGAAGAACUACUUUCUGUGGACCUAAUUGGCCAGUUCCUGUAGCCUCAGUACUGAUCACUGUUAUAAUAAAUAGAAUUGGGUCUUUCCAUAAUUCUCAACUGUGCUUUAAAACCUCCUUAGAAACAGGGUCUAAAAAUUACUUAAUUGCAGUAUUGAUGCAACCACUUGUUUCUGCAGGUAUCCACUGUUUAGUUAUACAUUCCAUAGGUUAAUAAUUUUAUUACAAAUAAUACAUUAACAAUCUUUAAAAAUCCUAUGCUUGUGAGAAAGUGGAGUUUUAGUUGGUACACUGUAUGUAAAUUAUAUCAACCCAGUUAGUUAUCUUAAUGAAUUAGUGAUGAAUCAAGUCUAACUUCAUUUCUAAUCUGUUCAGAGGGUACAGACCAGUAAAUUCAACUCUACAACUUAGGAUAUGGGGUUUUUUGUCCUCUACAAACUGUAAGAGCUCUUCAAGUAAAACCACAACAAACUCGGUGUCUGUGACUUCUUUCUUGUUUCUGAUCAUCGCUGGCCAUUACAGUUUGUUUUUCCCCUAAGGAAAAAAAUAGUGCACUAACGAUUAUGUACAUCCAACUUGAUUUUAAAUUUGGAUAUUAAUGUACUGUAAAUAGGUACUCUGCAUUGUAGUCUACAUUUGUUUAAUACUUUCUGUAAUAUUUAAGAGUUGCUUAAAGGUAUACAGAAUGUACAGUUACUUAAAGCUAACUUUUUUCCUCUCUAAUCAAAGGGGGUUCUGAGUUCUUCCUUUAUGGCUAGAACAGUAAUAAAUGAUGCUCCUGUAUCUGUAACAUAAGUACUGCUGUCUGUCAGUAAUGAACUUCGCAACUUUGUUUUCCAAAGUACAUUUUAUUUUGAUCAGUCCAGUAUAUUGCACUAAUUCUUUUAGUUAUUUUCAUUAUAUGAAAUCUACAAAGUGUGUCAGAAGAGAUGAAUUAGUCUAUUUAAAUGUUGAACUGAUAGAAACUUACUUGUGCAGAUUUUAAAUUUGCAGUAAUCUGGGUUUAGCAAGAAAAAUGACAGUUCACCAGUGUUUAGUUUUAUAUUGAGGUGCUCAGGUUUGAAUAAAGUGGUUUAAAAAAAUUUUGAUUACUGGUUCUUAUUGAGAGUUUCAGGAGGUUUUAUCACAUUUGUACAGUUCCAGACAAGAUGUCUGAUUCACUGUAUGGGUCAGCAUUUAAGAUGCUUACAAUAAAUUUAUAGCACAGCUAAAUAUAAGCUUGUCCUAUUAUAUUGUGGCACUCCAGUUAUUCUAUGAUAAAUCUUUAAAUGUUGAGGUAAUUGGGUAUCUUAUCAUAUCCAUUUAGAAGUAUGAUCAAAAUAGUAAUAUUGUCUCUUGAACCUGCAGCUAAUGCAGUCUUUGCCAGUUGUUCACAAGGUGACUUAUUGCAUUGCAGUGUCUCUGAGCUGACUGUGUUUCUUCUGCAGCUUGUGAUUUGUAAUUGAUUUUUGUGUCUUUUUCAAGCUCUGGUGGUGGUUUAGAACCCAGUGGUGAUACAGUCUUUAGCAGUUCUUGACCAACAUCACCUGGAGUUUGUCAUGAGAUGAAUUAGAGUCUGUUUUUUCUGCCAGAUGUGUAUUUGAGUCAGAUUAGAUGGCAUGGUUUUGUCUAUUUUGGAGGCAUUUUCAUGGCUUUAGACCUUGAUACCAGCACAUUCUCUUGCAGUUCUUACAGCUGUGACUUGGACCUGCUGCAAAGAAGGUGUCGGUUUCUUCUUGCUCUGAAGUCUCACUGUGGAUGAAAACUUAGAUAAAAUUUUCUGUCUUCAAAUUGAGUUCUUCAGAGUCACCUUUGUAUGCUAGAAUUGGAGUAGUGUAUCUAUGUUCUUUGAAUUUACUUCAUUGUUACUGAAAAGAGACAGUUCUGGAUUAGUUUGAUUUUUUUUUUUUUUGUUUCCUUAUUAGGAAUUCCAUUUUUACUAUGCCUAUAAUUCUUCCUAAAAUAUUUUCACUGAUUUUGUUUCAGGUUGCCUUUUGAGUCACUCUGAAAAAUACCUUUAUUGGAAUAAAAUAGCUGUAUUCUAUCUUGCAGAUGAUUAAUAGUGUUUGAGUCAGUUGUCUCCUGUGAGAGAUACUAGAUGCUGGCACACUAAGUCCUGUUUUGUUGAACGGCAUUCAUGCAUUCUCAAAUAAUGAGUGAAUGUUAAGAGUUGGUGCAAGUACUUCAGGUAGUCCAAAACCCCUCAAAACCCAUUAGAAACCAAAAUAAGAAACUGGCAAGUAACAUUGUUAGGGACAGAUGCAGUAUGAGGUACAGGGGUAACAGAUGUUCUUUUUACUGUUGCUCUGUGAUUUCCAAGAGCCCUUGUAGUUCUCUAGUAUCCCUCUACGAAUCUGGUUUAUUAGUGCUGAUAUUUCCACCAUUCUGGUGUUUUCUCUCACAUUAGAAGAGCUGUGCUCUUGAGAGACAUGACUCCAUUUUUAUGUAAGACUUCAUAUGCAUCAUCUGAAGUUGAAAUAGUAUUUAUAGUAUACUGUGUUUUUAAAACAUACUGCUGUUACAGUAUCAGCCUUGUGUUAAGGAAUGGGAAAAAACCUGAGAUCAUAGUUAAUAAUCUAGUUCACAGGCAACAAUAUAUAUGUCAUUGAAUCUAUUUCUGGUUUUACAGCAAAGUUUUCUCUUUUUUUUCCCCCUUCCAUUCUUAGAAGACUGUUCUGGAAUCCUAAUCUCUUGACUGCAAAUAAAGUCUUAUGAGGAGUCUUAGGUGACAUUUAAUUCAGCUUAAAAUUGCAGUCUAAUAUGAAGAUCAUGCACUUUUGUUUAAAAGCCAGUCAAGGUGUAACUUCUCUAUUUUUCUCAAAUUCUUUUUCUCCUAUGAGAACAUGUGCUUUCAAGUGUCUGAAUGAACUCAGCAAGAUGUUUCAGCUCAGACUGUUUCUGGCAGCCUACAAAUUCUAGUACUUGAAAAUAAUUUGGACAUUAUUAGGAUUUACUGUUUACUUAGAGGAUACUUUAAAUAUCUUACUUGGUUAAGGCACCCAAGGGAGCAAGAAUUCUUAGUCAUUGUCGGAAGUUGAGGACUAACCCUGUCCCUCAACAUUUCUGAAAUAAGAGAAUUAAAAGUGUUACAAAUUGUAACGGUACAGGGGGCUGAUCAUGUCAGAUUUGAACACAGAGCAUAAAGGAAAGAGCUCUGAACCAAAGUGCUGUAUUGGAGAUCCUCUGUGGCUGCCCUGGGAAGCCAUUUCUUGUGUUAGGGGAGAUGUUCUGUCCCCUCCGAUGUGUUGGCAUAAAGGCAAAAGCGAUUCCAGGCAGAAGGAACUUGUUUGGGAUGUGGUGGCUUUCUAGACAAUGAAGCUGGCUGCAGUGUGUUCAUUUAUAUUGUAUUUUUAAUAUAAUCUGGCUAGAUGGGGGAUUGACCUCUGAAAAGGGGUGUAUGAUUUGGCAUUGCUUACGCAGUAGUUGUGUUUCUUGGGCAGUAUUGGCAUCAUCGAGUGUAGGAGACAGCUAAGUGUAGUCUGUGAAGGCAGAUUUCUUCUGUCUUAAAUCAGAAAGGGAUUCAAAACACCAAACUGAAGGACAUACCUUUUUAAUUAUAACUUUUAGAUGCCUUAAGUUGUGCUCUGUAUGUUUCUUUGUGCUUGUUUCACACUUCUUCCUCUGAUUUCCAUGGAGAGCUAGAAGAAUGUGUAAAAUACCCUUUGGACCCUUGGUGCAGGACCACCAACUGUAUGCUUAACCAAGGCCAUAAUAAUAACCCACAUGGAACAAUCUGCAAGAAAGAGUAAAAAUCUUGUCUCUUUUGGAUACAAGUCUUUCUUGUCUGCAGACCAGAGUCAGGGCAAAAGAAUCAACAAAACUUAGCUGACCUAUCAAUAUAGGACUAAAUUAAGAAGAUGGCCCAUGUCACCACCUCCUGCUCCUUGUAUCUGACCAUCCUCUUUUGUUGCUUAUCUGGAGCUGAAGAAACAUGUCUAUACUUCUUGUAAGAACACACUCCUUGAGGAAAAAUCAAGGCUCACAUUGCGUGAAUUUUUUUCUUUGAUGUGGUACAUUUGGUGGAAAAUUAAUUGUAUUAGAUUAAAUAAAUGUGUAUUCUAGAAGUGGUUCAGAAAUGUGGAUUUUAAUCAUAAAAAGUUUAAAGUACCUCUGAUGAACUUCAAACCUUAACUUGUUAGCAGAGCUUGAAUUUAUGGUAUCCUUAAUUGCAGCCAGCAUGAAACCCUCUCUGUAAGGAAUGGCUGGAGGCAGGUAACAAGACCCAGAAGCAAUUUGGUAAAGAAUUCAUCCAGCCUCAGUUCUUGCCUUCAUCAGUCUCUUUGGAAUAAAAUGUGUUUCUAUCGCACUAAUGCCUCUGAAAACAUUGCAGCCUUUUUGUGAGUUAAUGCUGUAUUCCAGUAAAGGUGUGACUGAAUUUCUGAAAGAAUAGAUGGGCUACUGCUGAACUACCUGUUUUGAUACCCGUACCAGUAAAGGUCACAUAGCUGCAGAAAGCUUAUUUGAGGUAAAAAACAGCUUUAACAGCAGCAUUGAAGAAUGGAGGUGGUGGGGUACACCACAGUUACCUAGAUCAGUGUCAGUGCACGAUAAAGUUGGUUUACGGUGUUUCUCAGGCUGGCAGAUGAGUGCAAGUUGUUGUAUUUUUUUAAUAUCUGGAAUUGCUUUUUUCAAGUAUAGAACAUUUUUUUUUUUGUCUUGACCACAAGGAAUUCUCGCAAAUGGUCCUCCCUUUUUCUAAUAUCUUUGACUCUUCAUUAAUUUUGGUCAAAUUUCAUAUGGAGAAAUAUGAAGAAGUCUUUUACAAGAUGUGUGAAUGCGCACACAUCACAGGAAGAAAGAGUGCUUCUGGUGUCAGCUGCAGUGUCAGUCCACUCCUUACUAGUGCCAGGGAGAGUGAUAGAGAAGUGGUGUACUGCUGGGCAUGUACUUCAAGCAGAGGCUGGAAGAGAAUGUAACUGCAGGCACAACUCUUCACACACCAGCUUUUUUAUGUAACUUUGCUUGUGCACCCCUUUGUAGGAAAGCAAGUAUCUUGCUUGUAAUCUCACAGCUGGUUGAUGUACAGAGAGGGCUUAACUGUAACAAAAAUCACCAGGUGGGAAGAUAUAAUGACUAGAGUUGCUAGUCUGCAAGAGCUUCUUCUAGUGUCCCUUGUAACAGGGGUGGGUGAAGAAGCAUUAGGAAUGUAUCAUUGUUUCUCAUUGUAAUAAAUAACUGAUUCUGUACUAAAGAAAAGCAAGGUUCUACUUCAUAAGGAAACAGGUCUGAAUAGUUCUUUCAUAAGAGUAAAAUAGAAUAGAUUCCUAUUCCAGAAAGUAAUAAUUCGGAUUAUUCAAAUCAUGUUUUCACUUUGCUGGUAGCAAAAUGUGGUGGCACUUAGUCCAAUGAAACAAAUGAAUUUAAAUAAUAUCUUAAGCAUGGUUCAUUGACACAAGGACUUUAUCAGGUAAAAAAUCAGAAGCCUGUCAUAAAGUGAUGACACUUUACACCUCUUGAUUUAAAAAAAACAAUCAUACUAUUCUUACAGAGGUCACUUGUGUAUUAUGGAAUGCUUCAUAACUCUAUUAUAUUAGUAAAUUGAAGUAAAUGCUUUAAUUCAAAUAUUGUGCUCAGGCUACUUAUCUAAUAAGCUGAAUACUUGUCAUGGUUUGAAUUGUCCAAUAGCAGUUUCAGUUGUGAGGGAAUUUAUCAUGUCUCCUUCACAUUGUCAAGCUAAAGGAAUUGCUGCUUUUUAUCUCUAGAUACCAACUGCCAACAAAUCUAUAGAUUAAUUUAUGCUUACUUUUGCUUUUUUUUUUUUUUUUUUUAACUUAAUUGGAUUAAGGGAAAAAAAUCCUGGUGUGGAAUAUACUUACCUAUAAUAGCAACAUGCAUUAGCCCAGCAACACCUUCCAUUCCAGUGAACUUUGGAAACCUCAUUCCUUACAUUCCUUAUCAGCUGUAAAAAUCUGCAUUCUCCAAAAGGACUGAGCAUACACUUUCAUAAUAGACUGGUCUUGUUGGUCUCCUCAUUGCCUGGUUCUUCUCUUUUUCCCAGUAAUCAGCCUUGAUUAGUCUGGCAAAAAAUUAAAGAAUUUGCUCUUUGUCAUUUUUAUUUUUGUGGAAGGAAUCUGUGUGAGAAAGCUGUUCAAACAAUAAAAGUGGAAGCUUUUGUUUCAGUAGCUGUGACACUGUGACAGCCAUCAAAAAUCUUCAGAAAGCAUGUAUCUGACCUACUUUCAUGGUUGUCCAGCACAAUAAACCUGUCUUCCAUGUCUCUC